AUGGUGCUCCUGUCCGGAGACGGCAAAGCGGCCGGGGAGGGCCGGAGUCCCGCCGCGGCAAAGCACCUGCCCGUACCGCCCUCGGAGCCUGCCGGGCCGGGAGCCGCGGCGCCUGAGGGGAGCGUUGUCGUCGGCUCCAGCCCAGCUGCCGGGGCGGAGAGGUCGCGAAGGGGCAGCGAAGGCGAUGGCGGCGGCGGCGGCGCUGAGGGAGGAAGCGACGAGGACGACGCUGGCGGCGACUACGAGGAGUACGAGGACUUCUCGGACCUCCCGGACACGCGUAGCAUCGCUUCGGACGACUCCUUCUACCCGCCGCGGGCGGACGGCGACAGCGACGACGGCGACGACUGGUCUCUGGGAGAGUCGGGCUCGUCGACGGGAAGCCCCGAGGCGCUCUCCCUCUUCCGAGCUUGCUGCACCAACAACGCCGUGGCCUUGAGAGCGAUCAUCCGGCAGGGGCCCGAGGAGAAGGAGGCCAAGGAGACCGACCGCAACAAGAGGGUGAGUGAGCACCGGGGUGCAGGGGUUGGGGGAAGCGCCUCACGCGACGCGCGCCAGGAGCGCGAGGAAAAAGGCGGGAAAGUAGGCCUUAAAGCGCUUCCUCAGCUCUCGCGUCAGUUCACCUCAGGCAGCCCACUUGUCCCUGUGUCCUCUGCUGCUUCUUCUUCUAUUAUCAUUAUUAUUAUUAUUAUUAUUAUUAUUAUUAUUACUCCUCCUGCUCCAUUUCUGAGCUUAGGCCACACCAAUGCUCCAGGCGUUGUGUAUGCCCGCAGCCUGUUUGUGGGGGGGGGGGGGAAGGAACCAUCGCCUGCUGCCCUUACUCGCAUUCACUCCGGUGUAAAUCAAGCCCUGCUUCUGGGCAGGCCCAGACAGGGGGAGGGGGCAUAUGGGCCACUUGACCCGAGCCUCCUAUUCCAAAAGGGGCCUCGGUCAGCAUAUUCACAAUUAUUUAUAUACUUACUUAUUUAUAAGACUUCAGUUAUCCCCAGGGUAAAAAAAAAAGGGGGGGCACAUUACAGUGGUACCUCGGGUUACAUACGCUUCAGGUUACACACUCCGCUAACCCAGAAAUAGUGCUUCAGGUUAAGAACUUUGCUUCAGGAUGAGAACAGAAAUUGUGCUCCAGCAGCGGGGCGGCAGCAGGAGGCCCCAUUAGCUAAAGUGGUGCUUCAGGUUAAGAGCAGUUUCAGGUUAAGAACGGAUCUCUGGAACGAAUUAAGUACUGUAUCUACCUGGCCGGGGCCUCUGCCUGGCUCUGCAAGGCCCUGCUUCUGAGCCCCUAUCUUGUAGCCAACCCAUGGUUCAAAAUCAAACUGUAGUUUAGGCAGGCCUGCCUUUGGCCUUUUAUAUUGUGCCCCAGUCACAGAGGUGCAGAUCACAAGUAAAAGCCGCAACUGGCAAGGCCUAGCCUUCCUUUGUCCUCUUAGUGUAGCGCCUGGCAUGAGACAUACAAACAUUUACAAAUAUAUUUUUUAAGCUCAUUUUAAAAUGCAGGCCUUGAUCAGAUGCCUCAUUAGCAGCCUGAGUCCCAAGUCCCAAGGCUCUCUCCCAAGGACAGCGCAUUUCUUUCAGCUGCCUCGUCUCCUCGGUGGCUAUUUCCUUUCCCUCCCUCAACAUAGCUUACUCAAGUGUGAGCAAGGUCAAUAUUUUGCUGUAAACCGCUCUGAUGUUUUUUCUCCCCUUAAAAAAUACAAAGCAGUAUGGAAAGGAAGUGAAGAAAAACAUUUUUUUUCACCGUCCUGUUUCUCUUUUCUCCCAGUUUACUCAUUCUCUGCACCCGUUUUUCAACCUUUAGUCUCUCUGUCCCUUAUAUUCUCUGAACACUAGGACCUCUUCCCAAUCCUUAGCUCCUCUAUGAGGCUGUAAUCCCAGACAAAUGGACAGCUUUCCCUUACUUGCAAAGCUACUGUAGACUAUUUAUUUCCCUGAGCAAGUUCUGUCUAUGCCAUUCCACCAGCUCAGCCAGUCCCUUUCAGAAGUUUUACCACCACACGGGCAAUACAGUAUAGAUGGGGUAAGUAGAAAACACCAUGAGGUGAUCUUUUUAAAAAUCUUAAACAGUUUCACAGAUUCAGUAUACAUUGCUUUACUUUUUACAUGUUAUGAUUAUCAUGAAAAGGCUUUUGCGGACAGCUUCCACUGAGGCUGUAAUAAUGUCUAGUAUCAGUCCCUGAUUUGUACAUCCUCACCCCAAAGGCCAUCAAUAAAGGGUGUUACACCUACAUCAUAUUUUGCCAAAUUUUGUCAAACAACUUGCACUUUUUUCUUGUAACUUUAUUUACCCACUUCCCUGCCUUUGAUGUUUGACAUUCUGUGUGGACAGCUCCUGGUGCUGGGGCUUGAAAUGCAGUGGGAUACCAGGAUCUGCAGGAUCUGAUUUCUUUCCGCAGGACCUGUAAGACAGAGUUGUUCCGCCUGGCCUUUGGCUUGGAAUCAACUUGAUCCCCUCCCCCCUUUCCUUUUUCCUUUCUCUUUUCUCUUUCUGUGAUGGAACUCCUAUUUGGGGACUUCCCUGGCUUUUUUCUGGCCCACGUAGGACCAGUCUGGAUAGUUGGCCUUGGUGAAGACUUGACAUUUUCAUCCCCCAAAAAGUUUUUGAUUUGAGUUCCUACUGAAAUGAGGCUGCAUUUUUAAUGUUUUAAUGUCGUAUUUGAAUCUUGUUUUUAAGUUGUAUUUCAAUCAAUUAUUUUUAUACCUGGUGUCAGGCACCCUGAGCCCGGUCUUGGCUGGGGAGCCACUUUUAGACAGACGUAUCAUCAUCUCAGUUCUUUUCAGGUGGAAAAUAGUUGGGCCUAAUCUCCCACUUCCUUUUUACCCUACUAUGACACGUCCCACUUCCUUCAAAACUAUCUCACUUUUUUCUCCAGCUUUGAAACAACUUUCAAAAACAUCCCAUAUCCUAUUUUCUUUUGCUUUGAAAAUAUCCCUCUUUCUUCAGAAACGUUGUUCUUCUCUUUCUUUUUCCCACUUUGGGCACUGCAUGUGUUUCUAUGCAGAUACUAUUUUCCAUUGCUGGUGAUGCUGUUCGGAUGAUGAAGUAGCAAGUAAACAGAAGUAAAAGGGAUAAUUUCCAGUAAUCUCCACAUGUUAAACAUAAUAUGUAGAUUGGCCCUUACAAUCUAGGAGAUGCUUUAAUAAUUGAAACAACUGAUAUUUAUCACAUAAAUGGAUUCCCUGUUUUGAUAAAGUUUGGCCUGAAUACACCUGCUGUUUUACACUAAUAGCUAGCUAAGAAGUGCAGUUUGACUUGCUAGUGGUGAUCAUGCUUCUAAGAUAAUGUAUGAAGUGAAUACCUUGAUUCUCUAGCCUUUUGUGGUCAAUCUUAUGUGCCAUCAGUAAUGAAAUGUUUCUCAAAUAUUUUCCACAUAAAAUUGAUAAGGUACCAUUAUCCUCUAAUCUGUAGUGGCUUUAGUACACAAAAAAAUUAUUAGGCAAACUGGGCCACAGUAGAUUAAGAUACCAUCCUUCACACCUAGUUGAACAGGUAAAGGUGUAUGUAUGUGUGCACGUUCAACAGAGAUUUCACACCUUUUAGACUAGUCUUUAAUCCUCUACCCCGGAUGGUGAGUAUAUUAUAGAGGGAUGUGUUCAUGGAUAUAUAAUACAUGUUAUAGUAUACCUGUCUAUUCGUUUCCUAUACACUCAUCAAGGAUUAUGUUGACAAAGGGAGAUAAUGCAACUACAAAAGUCCCCAGCCACCCCCAGUCCUUAUAAUCAUUUAUUACAAGACUUCCCACACCACCAUUACUGCCAAGGAAAUUUUUGUUCUACUGUAUUGAUAUCUGUACCACAUGUCGUCAGAUACUCACUCCAUCUCCACUCGCAGCCUAUGCAUUAAAAUAACUUUAGGUGUUGUGCUCUAUUCAUGCAGAAGUCCUAUCAGAGACUCCUGACAGCACUUUCUAUGUGUUCCUAUAAUAUGUAUUCUUGUAGUAGCAGCCAGUGGAGCUGCACUGCUCUCCUGCCUUGCCAAUCCCACAUAUCUAUGCCUCAUAUCAAGAGGGGAAGAGGCAAGGCAGUGGUUUGAUGGGGUCCGGGGCCAGGAGCAGAUCUAAUCCAAUAUUCCUGUGCUGCACUUGCGCCAAGCUCCUGCUACCUUGCUCCUCUGUCUCUUGGUAGGUGAUAGCAACACACAUCAUUGGAAAAAUAGGACUGCAGGCUUUGUUACAGUUAUGAGUACAAACUUUAAUAUAUGAACUAUUGCAGGACUUCUCAAACUUUUUGUCCCCAGAGCCCAGCUGAGAUAGCUAAAAAUUACUGAGGCCCACCAGUCACAAAAGGAUGGUGCAGGGACAGUCAGUCCCAAGAUGAGGCAGUGUGACAUACUCAGCUUGCAUUUAAAGACAUAAUUUUCUACUGAUAUCUAAUUCGUCUUUAGAAAUUGCUAAAUUCUUUGCUACAGCAUUUUCCUGGUGUCAAGGAGUACCAUAGCUCAGGCUUCCACAACUUAAACUCAGACAUUUGCUGUGGAGGUAUUGUAACUCAGCCUUCCCAUUCCUGGCAGAAUUUACUGAUCUAGAAGCUCUAAGGAGAAAAUAUUUUCUUUUAUAUUUUUCCCUUCCUGCACUCAUAUGUCCCCCAACCAUUUUUACCCAUCUCCAAUAAUAUAUUCUCCCAUUCUCCUUUCACACUCAGGUUGUACUUUAUUCCAUUCUCCCCACAACCAGCCAGUUUCUUUCUGCCUUCCUCCCUGAUGCUUUAAAUUCACAUCUUCCUUCUAUAACAGCUUUUCUUUCUUAUCCUCCUUUUCCAUUCUCUCUUUGAUAAAUAUGAUUAUAUUAACCUUUUAUCUCAUUUUUUCACCUCCUCUGGCCCUUUCCUCUCAGAAGAAGGAGACCCUGAACAAAUCUGUUUCUUGGCCACCUUUACUCUGGUCAAGGAGUCACUAGUGCUGGCACUGGUCCAGCCAAAAGACUGGCAAGACUAGGGAGUGGGGAAGGCUGGCAAGGAGGCCAUGGGCAGGCUGUGAUAAAGAGGCCCACCUCAAAGUCACCCAAGGCCCUUUUGAGAGACACAGAACUAUGACAUAUGUAUAUCAUGAACAUGGACGUAUUAUUGUUUUGUUUCAAAUGCUGUAAACUACUCUGUUUUGGAAAAGGCAGUAUAAAAAUCUUGAACAUAUACAAGUACCUAAAUAUUAUGGGUACAGUCCAGCCAGAGAUUUCUGUGCCAUUGAUUUUAUUGGGAGAAUCAACUGUGUGCUUAACUGUCUUAUCAUUGAAAUUAGUUGUACCCAAAAUUGCUUACACUAGAAUGGGAUGUGUCAUAUAUGUGCAUUCAUGCAUUUUGUGGGUACAGAUGCUAGUUCAUGCAUAGAGGUAAGCAUAUACUUACGUGUAUAUUCUAUUGCUAAUCUAAAAUAACAAUGUCAGAAGGCUAUUAAGAUGACUGGGUAAAUUUAAUAAUUCAUAAAUAAUUUAAAUUAAAAAACUCUAAUAUUGCAUCAACAUUUUUAAUACAAGAGAAAAUUAGUGCUGAAAUAUAGUUUUGCUUUUAUACUCAGUACUUGUUUAUAGUUUUUCCCUGAUACUGGGGUCAUUCAUUUGAGCCUUUAAUUUUUCCCAUAGUAAAGGUAAAGGUACCCCUGCCCGUACGGGCCAGUCUUGACAGACUCUAGGGUUGUGCGCUCAUCUCACUCUAGAGGCUGGGAGCCAGCGCUGUCCGCAGACACUUCCGGGUCAUGUGGCCAGCGUGACAAGCUGCAUCUGGUGAGCCAGCGCAGCACACGGAACGCCGUUUACCUUCCCGCUGGUAAGCGGUCCCUAUUUAUCUACUUGCACCCGGAGGUGCUUUCGAACUGCUAGGUUGGCAGGCGCUGGGACCGAACGACGGGAGCGCACCCCGCCACGGGGAUUCGAACCGCCGACCAUGCUAUCGGCAAGUCCUAGGCGCUGAGGUUUUACCCACAGCGCCACCCGCGUCCCAUUUUUCCCAUAGUAAAUGGGAAUAAUUCACUUUUUGAAGGGUGAUGCUGUAUGUUCUGUAUUAAAACACACAGAGUUGCUGCUAGGCUUUUUUUUUUAAACAUGAAUGCUGAAUUGUGAAGUUGCUUCAGCAGCCGGGUGCUAAACAUAAGCCUAUGAAGCAAUACACUAGAGAGGAGCACAGAAAUAUCAGAAUCUCAUAGGUAUACAUUAUUUUGCUCACUAAGCAAGCAAACAAGAACCUAUUGCAACCCAUUAUAAGCACACAUCAAACAACAAACUUGUCAUAGAAAUGAGAGUUCAUUCCAGCUAUUGAACAAAACUAUUGAUGAAACAGGGUAGGAUUUUCAAAAGGAAUUAAAUCUUUUGGAGAGCUUCAAAAAUAAAGACCCUGGAAUAAACAGAGAAAAGCUGUGUUGCAUGCAAUACUGAUCUCUUUUUUUUGUAUGUUCCAUCUGUACUGUUUAAGGUACUCCACAUUGAAUUAUAUAAUCAAGACUAUGUCUCAUCUGCAAUUCUAUACUUGGGGAAAUUGUCCUCGGCUACUAAAACAUGAUCUAAAAUAAGUAGGAUUUAAUUGCUGGUAAAUUGAUUAUAGCACUCAUACUAAAAAAUAUAUUCUGAAUAGAGUGUAAAUAGAGACUGUAUUCUUAAGGAUUUAGUUAAACUGACCAACAUGCCCAUUUUGGGAUUUAUUUUUUUUAAAUUCAUGUGGGCAAAGUCCAAUAAUAUUGAAGAAGUAUUCAGUAUUGUAGUAGACCAAGGAUUGAUGUGCCUCGUAAAAAUACACCCUAGAGGGCUAAUUCACACAGUGAUGUACAUUACAUAGCCUACUGUUAUACUUACCCUACUUCUCUGAGCAGUGAGAGAGGUUUCUUGGGUGUGGCAGUUAUGUAGGCUUGGUUUCCUUUGUAUAGUAGUCAUUUGAGUCUUUUGGCCUUUAAUGAUAUUUGAAUUUAUUUGCAAAAAUAUAAAUUGAACACAGUUGGAGACAAAUAGCUGAAACAUUACAGCACCAAAAUCUGUUGCCCUAUAUCAGAUCUCCAGAGAGUCAGCCAAUACCCCAAAAUGUUUAUGUAGCUGACAAAAACCCAAGGCAGUACUCCCUCCCUUUCUCUGUCACUCUACAAUUCAAAAAUAGCAAAUUAAGUAGGUAGGGAAAAUAUGCCUUUCUAUCCCACUUAGAAAUUUUUGGGAAGCAACCAGCUAGCAAUUUCCCUAGCAAAAUAUGUACCUGAAAACAUGUCACCAAAUACUGGGAAUUUCUAGCAUCUUCAAAGCAUCUUAUCUAGACCUUAGAUUUUACAACCCCAUCAUCUAGUAUGCCCAAUACUAGUGGUGAUUAAACUCCCCUUGGCUUGAUUUCUCUCAUUGGGUUCAGCAAAGCAAACUAUUACUCCCAAAAUGGAAAUUAGCUUGUUCUUCCCUGAGCCCAAUUCUGAAACUCAGAUCCCAUCAUGCUUCUAUGAUGCAAUCAGUGAGAGCCUCACUUUAUUAAACCCUAGGUAUCCUGAGAAAUCCUGCCCUGCCACAUCUUAACUUCCCACUAGCCCAAUUAUGGUGAAGAAGCCAUUCUGUGGAGCCUCCCUCCUUUCCUUGGACCUUGAACUCUGCAGAAAGUGUGUAUCAGGUAAUUUCCAGGGAACUCCAUUGUCCAUGUUACAGAAACACCCUUUAAAUCUAUGUUUACUGGUAUACCUGGCACCUGACUGCUGUUGCAGUUACAUAGGCACCAGAUAAGAUGAUAGGUCCACAGUGAUACCUCCUUGCUGUUGCUGAGAAGAGAAGUAAUGCUGGAACAGAGUUCAGGGGCUCACAGGGGAUUGGGGGAUUAAUGGGGUAUUAAAGUCCCUACCAAGCUCUGUUGGUCCAAAUUUUGGAAUUGGGCUUGUGGAAAAAACAAGCUAUUCUCCAGUUUGGGGGAGAAUAUCUGAAUUUGCCAGGCCAAGUUCUGAACUGCAUGAAGAUUUAUAUGCAAAGGUUUAGAUGAUUAAACAAACAACUUUGCUUAGAAAAAGAAUGCAUUUACACAAGGAUAUUCAUCUCCCAAUAAGUGCAAAUUUAAAUGAAUGAAAUCUGAAAUAGCUCUCAGAGAUCAAAUACCACAGACAGAAUUUUCCCAUUACCCCAAGGACCUUUCAAAUGGUGGCAGGACACACUGUACAGUGGUAAUCAUCAAGUGUUGAUAAUUCAUUGAUAAAACAUCAAUAUGUGUUUCCCCCCCAGUCUAAAAUUUUACAUAAUCAAUAUUUUAUACCAUCCCAGGAGUAGAGAUAUGUCAUAAAGUACCCAAAUGUGGACAGGAACUAGACUAGUUUUUUCCAAUUGUGUUGUCUCCCAAGCAAGAAGUGAGAAAUAUAUUCUAUAGUUGGAUUAUCUAGGCUCAUAAUAGUUUAUUCUGAGGUUCUCUCCACUUCACCUAGAGCUUUUUAUCUGCAUUACCCUUGGGAAAUUUUGCUGUCUUGUUUCACAUGUCACACUUUUUUUGACUGGCAUUAACUUGCUCCAGCAGAACACAUUGUUUAAAAAAUAGCUAGCUCUUGUGCACACUGUCAUAGCUGACCUAUUUUUGUAGAAUAUAAUGGAAACAACUGUGUACAGUAAUUUAAUUCAGGAAUCCCUCCCCCCGAAAAAAUAUUCAAUAUGUGACACACUGUUAAUGUAGACUUUGCAUUUAAAUUGGCAUUCUCUUUUAAAGACCAAACAGUUAAGAGAUUUUUGCAACGUUCACUCCACGUCAUAAUAAAGAAUAAUUAAGAACCAUAUGAAGAUUAGAGCUGCACAUUUUAUGUUGUCACAUCUGGGUGCAAAUUAGUAAUUAUAUCAAUUGUUAAAACCACAAUGUGGAAAGAUUCAUUUUUUCCAAGUUAUUUUGUUUUUUCUCAUGGGAAACAAUUCAAAACUACUCUGUGAAAAUCAGACUUAUUCAGUUUUCUUUGCAAAUUCCCACCAUUUCUAAGUUCUUUGAAGUUCAGAUGCAUUUUGUGGGGAAGAGCCAAAAUGUAUUCAAUCAUAUUAUGUGCUGCAGAUGAACCUUCAUUGUGGCAUGCUAGAAUUUUUGUUUAUGUACCAUACAAUGCCUCCUAUUUAAUUAUACCCAUGACUGAAGUCUCUGAGGUCUCCAUGUGAAUGAAAAGCUGAAAGCCGUGUAUGAUGAUAGGUAUCUUUAGGGAUGUAGGAUUUAUGUGAGUAAAGUUGUAUUUAAAUAAGUAGGAGUUCUGACUGCAUUUGUACUGCAGAAUUCGGCUUCUAAAAUUUUGGCUUGCUGCAGGAUUGCAAUAAACACCUUGUGAAGCAAUUAGAUUGCACAUCAUUUUUUUAAGUAAUUGGUGGAGGACACUGAAAUAUUAGUAUUUAAAAGAGUAAAAUAAAAGCGUGUUUAAAAGAAAUGUAUGAAAAUAAAUCCUGACAGAAUCCUCAGCAAUAUAAAAUGCAUAGUUUAGUACUUAAUAGCCUGGUCCUACAUCUGCUAUCAGUGUUUUUUCCACUGGAAAUUAAGCAGCAUCCUAUGCUUAGUUCAUAGUAGUAUCAUUGUACUUAAGAGAAAAAUACAAGAAUUUGUAAACAUUUCCACUUUGGGUAAUUGUGUCAGUCGUGCUGUUAUAGCAAGAGUAGUCAGUGUUGGGUCCCCAUGAUAUUACUUAGAUAAAUAAAACAAGCACAGGGUAUUAGGUCCACUAUGUACAUAGGUUCUAAUAUGUCUUUCCAUGCAAAAUUCUAGCAUUUUCCUUCUUAGUGUAGGAGUAGCCAAAGAAUGGCAGCUUCCAGGCAAAAAAUGUCAUGUCAAAACAGUCUUUGCUUUGCUGCUUCCCCCGCUAAAUGCUGGAAUCAAGAAAACAUGGGAUGAAUAAUUGGCAGAAUCACUGUCUGUGGGAAUUGAAGGCUUGGCAGUACAGUAAUGAGAAACUGCAGCAGCACAUUCACUACCUAGGGAUUGCUGAGGGAGGGAGAACUGUGAUGGAGGACUGGGACGGCUAUGAGCAGAGGAAAGGAGCUAUGGGUAGUGGCUAUGCAAAGGGAGAUACAGUGGCAGAAGCUGUGGGGGUGUGGAAAUAGUUGAGGUAGAUGCUGUAGCAACAGAGCCUGUGGUUUUCACCUUAAUAAUACUUUAGCCUUAGGAGAACCUUUGCCUGUUAUUGUUGAGUUAGUCAUAACACUCAGAAUUAACAUAUCCAUAUAUGUGAGCUUUGGGAUCACCUGCCAAAAUUAUUAUUUAAGUCUUGGGCAAUAUAUUUUGCACCAUAAGGAACAGUCCUGUUUUAUGUUUAAAACAUCAUUCCCAAAGUCCAAUGGACUGCUUUUCCUUACAGUACCUCCCGACAGUUCAGUAAACAUAUUUUUGUGUACAUCUGACACAGAUGUAUCUCAGAUGUAUCAUUGAAAAGAUAUUGAUAUGGGAGUUAAAAAUCAUGCAAUUAAAAAACAAUUAAUGACUUAUUUUUACUAUUCUCACUGCCCACGUACACAAUGGACAAAUACCCAAGAGGAAGAAAAUUGUGUUUUCUUUUUUUUAAAGAAAACCAAUAUGAACAGAUUCAUCCAUCCCUGUGUACAAGAGUCCAAAGGAACUCUUCCACCAGAACCUCAUUUAUUUAGACACUGCCAGUGUACCCUUCUUGUUACUCUUAUGAGAGUGAACAGUUAUCCCUGGGCGGAGUUGCUUAUCAUUUCAGCCUCUUACAGGGAUACCUCUUGUAGGCUUACUGAAUUUUUUUCUGCAAGAAGGUUAAACUGGAUUCCUUUCAGCUCUCUAGGUGACUAUUCCAGAAUUGGCUGUCCAAUAAGCAAAGUAACCUCCUUUGUGUGGGAAAAAUAGGUGGUACUAUGGGUCCUACAAGCCCAAAGAGACUUACAGGGCCUUUUUCUUUUCCUCUGGUCAUAAGUUUUACUGCCCUAGGUUUCUCUCAAUGAGUUGGAAUAAUUAGUUGAGUUGUUUAGUAGAGGUCUGGUAGGUGCUGCUGUUCUCACACAGACAUUCUCCACCUGCAGCUCUCUACACUCAGAGCUUUCCAAACUGUGUGUCACGACACGAUAGUGUGUAGGCCGCAGUGUGUAAGUGUGUCGCGUGAAUGCUCCCCACGGUCCUCCUGGGGCUGGAAAGGGAUUAGUUUAACCUCCGGUUUGCUUGUAAAAUUGGAUUACUGUGCCAUGAAAUGAUGCAUGUCUGAAAAGUGUGCCACCAACAUGAAAAGUUUAGAAAGCUCUGCUCUAUGGUCUACUGUUUUAAGCUUGCAUAGAGUCAAAUGACCUGUUCAAAAAUAUGAUACAAUGUUGCCCUCAGGAAGGGUGAUUAUGUUACUUAGAAAGAGUGUUUUAGGUGCAAAUGUUGCCCACCUCCCUCAGUAAGGCUAAUAGGGAAGGCUAAGCUAGAACCAUCUCCCUAAGAAACUAGCUUUCAGCUGAUAAUAUUUUAAUGUGGGAGAGCAUUCAAAUACAGAUUCCCACCCCUACCUGCAAAAUGAAGUAGUAAAUCCGAGUAGGGCUAUACUACACAUUUCUAAACUUACCAUCCAGCUUUUCAUCUAAAAUAGUGUUUCCCAAACUUGGGUCUCCUGCUGAUUUUCGAUUACGACUCCCAUCAUCCCUAGAUAGCAAGACCAGUGGUUAGGGAUGAUGAGAAUUGUAGUCCGAAAACAGCUGGAGACCCAAGUUUGGGAAACACUGAUGUAAAAGAUGCAAAGUUCAUGUAACUUUCAGAACAGCCACAUUCCUUAAAUUGAAUGGAGAGUUCACAGAGAUAGAGAACCUUUUGCACAUUUAUGCAUGUUGUUCCAUUACUGAGCUACAAUUCUGGCCUUGCCUAUUCAGUGAUUGGCACUAUUUUAAAUAAACAUUUCAGUAAAUUUUGCUUAAACCAUAUCUUAAAGUAGGAGCUCUGUCCAUUAGUAAUAUCAUUCACAGGAGAAUAAUCAGAACAAUGUAAGAUAAUAUAGUAAUUUGGAAAUUUGUACCUAUUUAAGAAAUACAUACAGCAAAUUACCAAGAUCUGAAACUAAGCAUGCAGUUUUAUAGCAAAAUUGUGAUGUUGCAUGUGUAUUUUAUGAUUUGAAAAAGCAGUGUUAAGAGAUGCAAAAACAUUUCAAUAUUUACAUUUUUUUUUUUGUAACCCUUAACAGUUUUAUAUUGUAUUUUGGAGUGUUUUAUUUUGACUGCUAUUGAGAUGACAAUACUACCAUUAUGCAAAAAAGGAUUGGAUAAGUAUGGUGUUUUCAAAAAGAAUGUUUAUAUAAAUAGAACUAAAUAUAGAGAUUUGUGAAGAAAUUAUAAUUUGUUUCUGUACCACUGGCAAAUAAACAGACCACAGGCAAUAAUUCAGGGCCAGUGAUGAACUUAAAUUGAGAAAUAAGAAGACAAAAAUUCUCAGUUUAAACUGUACAAAAUUAAUUGCAGCAAUUCUUAUACACAACACUGGGUUUAAUAAAUACUUCUGUACACUAACUUCUCCAGUGUUAUCAGCUUUGGCAAUGCCCACCAACCGCUGUAGGCUGGGGGAGCUCUUGGAUAUAUUCCCCAUCGAAAAAGUGGCAACUAUCUGCUGGGUGAGGUGCAUACUUGUAUAUAUCUUUUAAGCUUUGUUUACUAAAUAUAAAUCAAAUAAACAUGCAAAAUCAUAUCUCCAUUGAUUUUAGGGCAAUGGAUUGUAACCCCUGUGUAAGUGAAGAGACGCUUGUAUAUGUGUUCUUAGAAGUAAGCCCCGCCCUAAGUAAAUUAAAAAAUGUUACACAUUAAUACCUGAUUUUGAAUACUGGAAUUCAAUUUUAUUUAUAAAUUAACAUAAAUCAAUGUCUUUUGAUGAACUGUAAUCUUGCUGGCAUGAUCAAUUUUGCUGAUUAGCUACAAAGUGGAUGAAAUAAAGUCGUAAUUUAGGCAGCCCAUAUUGUUGUUGUUUAGUCGUUUAGUCGUGUCCGACUCUUCGUGACCCCAUGGACCAGAGCACGCCAGGCACUCCUGUCUUCAGCCCAUAUUAGAAAAAAUAUUAUUCCUUUUCGUGUUCAUAUUAGAAACACUGAUGACUUUCAUGAAAGCAUUAAAGUGUUUUCUGGAAAAUACAUGAAACAAAGUGAGUGCAUUCAAAUUAACUCUGAAAACUGAUUUUAAAAGGAUUCAAGAGGACUGUCAUGCACACUUUGCCUUCUCCAUCAAAGUAGUUCUUGAAGAGAUGGGUUAGUUUAGAGUCUCGGUAAGGGACCAUCUUAUUGGUCCCAUAAGUUUAAUGCUCCCACAGAGCUUCAAUACAGGUCCUCAGCAUCAUUAGGGUCUGAUUAAUAUUCCAUGCUUCCCGUAGUCUGUUCCCUUCCGCUUUGGUUCUGUUUGUUUUCCCACUCCCUGCUAAGUUAACCAAAUAUAACUGGCUCAAGGUUAUCAGCUCUCUGUCCUGUAGAACAUUAUCCCCACUGGCAUCAAGUGGCGCCUGCGGGCCAGAUUGAUCAGGAACACACUAUGGGAACAGCUGGAUUCAUGAUUGAGUUGAGUGUUUGCAAUGUGCCUCUUCUUUUGCCCUUUCCAGAAGUCUUCAAAAGCUUCCUCUGUGGAUUUGACUCCAACCUCCAUGCAUCCUGCAAUGUACAUGUUAAGGUUCUGAUCCUUGUGGAAAAUUUGGAACUGGGAAAGUUUUGGUUUGAUGGGGUCGAAGGGGCCUUCAUCCAAAAAGUCAUAGAUGUAGUUGUUAUAGAUCUCAAUGUUGGAGACAAACACACUGUAAACAUUAUUUUCAUCAACUUCUUCUACUUUGCAGUUGUCUUGGACAUUGAUCAUAUCAGUUAUUUCAGGGUCAAUUUGCCACCAGUUGCUAGAUGGAGUUUUUGGAGUCUGAAAAGCUUCUAGUUUCUGAUGUUCAAGUAAAGCAUCAACAUCACACUGCACCUCAAUCCCAUUCUUAUCAUCCAGCUUGAACACAUAUUGUUUGGCCUGCAGCGAUCCUAUACUGUUGAAGAUCAUGUCUAAGCAGCAAGGAAGCAGGCCACCCCCACCAGGAGAACCAGUCAUGGUGUGAGUUUUCCCACUUCCAGUGACACCGUAUGUAAAAGGGAGACCAUUUCCCCCAUGAAUCAGAUCAUCCGCUAGAGGUUUAGCAACGUCAAACACAUGUCUCUGAGACCCGCCAACAUUAAAAACCUCUUUGAAUGAAUAUUGAACUUCCUUAUACAUACUCCCCAUUGCAGAAUAUUCGGUAUCCAUCUGGUGGGUGAACCUUGACUGUUGUAGUAUUGAUUACUUUUAUGCAGCAUUCUUGGUCUGGCACACUGACUGGGUGCAGCCUGCAGUAUACCCCAAUAAGGUCCUUCAGACUUCCUGUAUCCAUUUUUCUGCCCAGGCUUCCUUGAGGUUUUGGUUUUUGCGGCCUCCUUCAUCCUGCCGAGGCCACCCCACUUGUCUUUCCUUGCUGUCCUCUUGGUGAAGGUUCGAUUUGAACGUUCUCUCCCUACUCUGGCUUUCCUGAGAUCGUAGAAAUCUUUCAGAUCAUGUGUGUGAUUCAAGACGAGUUGUUUUUAAAGUAGUUAAAAUAUAGCAGCCUGAGUCAAGAUGCUUAUACUGUCAGAGUGAAAGAAGUGCAAGAAAGGAUAUUCCCACCUUGAGUUGUGAGCUGGCUUUAGCAUGAAGAUCCUGGCCUGUAUCAAGCCCAGGUUCCUCAUUACAUCUUAACUGGGGAGCUAAUGUCAAGUCAACAAACCAGGAAAAUGAAAUAAGAUCAUAUUCGGAUUUAUGAAACUUCAAACAAUCAUCCAAACCAGGCUGCUGUGUUUGUUUGUUUUUUUAAUUUUACCCUCAUGUGUGCUGGUAACACCUCCCCUCCCUCAAUCAGUGGGUCUGCACAGGUGUAACUAAAGCUUGAUUUUGGACUGUGUUCUCUCUGCGAAAAUCUCAUACUUAAUCCUCUGUAAUCUAAAUCUUUGCUAAAAAUAGAUUUUGGAGGAAUAGAGUAGUGGUUGCUUCUACAUGCAGAUGACAGGAAAUGGCAUUAUCUGCUAAGAUGGCUGAUAUGGUGAUUAGUUUUAGCAUUAGCAUAAGUUUAAAGGAUUCCUUCCAAAAUUUGUAUGAGAAUAUACAGUUUGGCAGAAACUCUUGGCCUACAAAAAUAAGUCUCGUUUCUUAGGGAAAGUGACAUCACAUACAACAAAAUUUAUGUGCAAGGACAUGUUCACUUUUGCUUCUAACAGGUAUGUUACAAAAGGCCUAUUUUAACAGAAAGCGUCUGCUGAAGGUGAAGCGGAAUGUUUUUUGGCCAGGUGCAACUAGGUGGCUUAUACUCCUUUAACCGAUCUCAGCAGAUUCAAGGCCAGCAGGAAAAGCUGUCAUGGAAACUUCACUUGCAGCUGUAGGCUAUUUGCCUUUUUUUUUUUUUGCAUUAUUUAUCAUUUUAUUUGUAUGCUGCCCUUCCAUAGUUAAAACCAUGCACAAGGUGGUUUACAACAUGAACAAAAUUGCAUAAUUACAAACAUAACAAAAGUUGUCAUAAAAAUAAAUAAAACAUCAAAAUGAUUUCCACAUAAGAUCUAGGAUAAAGAUACAAAAAAUAAUUUAAAUAACUGCAACAAUGCCCUCCUCCCAACCAAACCCUCUAAACAGUACCCCACUUUAAUGGAUUUUAGAAGCAAAUACAAAGCCUUAAGAAAGCUAAAUUGUGUGAUAUAAUAUUUAGUGACCUGGCUGCUCUUUAGUGAUGUGGAUUUUCUGGAAAAAAAUGAACUGGAACAUUUUCUCAGGGGAAAGCCUCAUAUUAGACUGAUUUGCCUAUGGAAAUUUGUAUCAGAUUUUUUUUUAAAAAAAAUUUUUGCAGUGGAAAAUGUUGUGAUGUCCUAGGGAAUGAUCUAAUUUACCAUGUUUAUUUAGUAAAUUAAACUAAGGAAAUACCCCAUAUUAAUUUAUUGUUCCAAUACAGCUCAAAUGUAAGGACAGUGACCUGGAUUCAGUUAACCUAUUGUGCUAGCAGAAACCAGCACAAAGGCUUCUGCUAGUGCAAUGGGGCUUUCCCCCCAUGUGCCCCUGCACUUCCUUCAAAUCUGCUCUGCUUCUUUGAAAUAUCUUUUUAAAAAUGCAAAUUUGGAAGUGAGGAUUCUGUAUCCUGAAGCAGGCUUCCAAACAUGGAUUCUAUCUCUGCACUGAGAAUUACAUAUGUAGGGAGAGCAUUGGGUGUGCACUGCAUGACAGUUACACACUCACAGGCAAAUACAGUGGUACCUUGGGUUAAGUACUUAAUUCGUUCCGGAGGUCCGUUCUUAACCUGAAACUGUUCUUAACCUGAAGCACCACUUUAGCUAAUGGGGCCUCCCACUGCCGCCACGCCGCCGGAGCACUAUUUCUGUUCUCAUCCUGAAACAAAGUUCUUAACCCAAGGUACUAUUUCUGGGUUAGCAGAGUCUGUAACCUGAAGCGUCUGUAACCUGAAGUGUAUGUAACCCGAGGUACCACUGUAGUCCACGAUGGCUAUACUUUGCAUGACAGCCAUAGGCAAUAUACUUGGAAAUACUUGUAGCUGGAAAGCACAAGAGGGGAGAGUGUUCUUAUGCUCAGGUCCUGCUUUCAGGCUUCCCAUGUGCAUCUGCUUGACCACUGUGAGACUAGGAUGUGGGACUAUAUUGCCCACUGACCUAAUCCGGCAGGGCUAUUCUUACGUUCAUAUUAAUUUCUCAGCAAAGAGAAACCAUAGUGCUUAGCUAAGCUACCAUAAAUUACUGUCAUAAAUAGUACCUAAUGUGCAUGGUGGAUUAAGUGACCCCUAUCAAUUAAAUGUAUAUAGUUGCAUUCCUGAGAGUUACAGUAAUCAGCAAAUAUAUUCUUAGUGCUUAGUGCAAGUAGAAGUAGUUGGGUAGAACCGUUUCAGGGAUGAAACUAAAAUGUUACAGAACUUCCAUUAUACUAUAGCUCUUCCCUUCUGGGACCUAUUUCUGCCUCCUGCCUUUGCUUACAUGAGAUAAGUGGAACAGAGCAGUGGAUUAUCCAAUACCUUCUUCUAAAUGCAUCUGAGGGAAGGAAGAUAAUUAUUUAGGAGGUAACAGCAUCACAGCAAGAUAUUAUUGCUCCACAUUUCAGGCAUAAUCGAUGGGGAAUGGUAUUUUGUGCAGCUCCCAUUUAUUUUAGAAGUCUUUGCGCAAGACAAUUUCCCCAUGAUUGUGCCCUUCAUCUCAUUUAGCAAUUUGCUUCGGCCUAUGAGUUCACAGUGGGACGCGGGUGGCACUGUGGGUUAAACCACUGAGCCUCUUGGGCUUGCUAAUCAGAAGGUCGGCAGUUUGAAUCCUUCAACAGGGUGAGCUCCUGUUGCUCGGUCCCUGCUCCUGCCAACCUAGCAGUUUGAAAGCACACCAGUACAAGUAGAUAAAUAGGUACUGCUGCAGUGGGAAGGUAAACGGCGUUUCCGUGCACUUCUCUGGUUCGUCAGAAGCGGCUUAGUCAUGUUGACCACAUGACCUGGAAGCUGUACGCCGGCUCCCUUGGCCAGUAAAGUGAGAUGAGUGCCGCAACCCCAGAGUUAUCUGUGGCUGGACCUAAAGAUCAGGGGUCCCUUUACCUUUAUGAGUUCACAAGUAGCCUCUGUAUUUUAGCCUCAGCUCUCUGAGGCUACACCUAUUUUUAACAGGGCUCUUCUGAGGACUAUUAUCAAAAGAUAGGACAUGUAGUGCUAGUACUAUAUAAUCAUUGUCAUAAUAAUCACUAGCCCUCAAGUAAUUAGCAAAAAUUGUCUAGUCAUGAGGAAAUGCUGCAAACUACCCCCAGAAUCAAACACAUAGUUCAACCAGCUUUGGCGGAAUUGCAGUCUCUCAUCCCCACAUUUCUAUUGCAGCCCUGACUUUGUGAAUAUCUAAAUGUAGAAGCUCUUUAGUUAUGUGACUUUCUCUCUUCCUUAGGAAGCCCAAACACAGAAUUAUUCAAAAAAAGUGUAGAAAGGCCGUGGCGGGGGGGGGGGGGACGGGACACACGGGACCAGUUACACUUUCAUGAGCUAGACACUUAUAGAUCUGCCUCCUAGCACUGCUUUAUCCUGUCCUUGAUUGGGUGCUUUGUUUUCUGCACAUUUUGUUGCAUUGUUUUAUUGAAUAGUUUCCACAGUUAUUUUAUUAAUUUAAUCUUAUGCACUUAUAUAUUUGUUAGCUGCUUCCAUGGAGUAGGAAAUCUACAUUUUAAAUGUUAGAAGUAAAUUAGAAAUAAUAAUAAUCAAUGCAUUCUGAUUUGUUCACUUGGUUCCACUGCUAAGUGUUUAGUUUACAUUAAUGCCCUCAUGUAAAAUAAUAAAAUGUGAAAUAAGAUUUGGAGUUCAAAGUGCUUGAGCCUGCUUCCCUUUAACCACCACCUUAUUUUUUAUUUAUAGACUGGCCUUAUUGUUGCCUGUUACCAAGGGUUUGUGGAUAUUGUAAUAGCGUUAGCACAAUGCCCUCACAUUGAUGUAAACUGGCAGGACAAUGAAGGAAACACAGCUCUAAUUACAGCGGCCCAGGCAGGUAAGGAGGUUUGGUCCUCAUUUCAUUUUUUUUGUCCAACAGUUCAUGAUUGUAAAUGCUUAUUUAUUGUGAUUGCAUUGAGCAAACAAAUGCCAGGUUUCCCCCCCAAUGUGAGUCUUUAGGCUAGCCCAGCAAGUAUUGCUGCUCUGUCCUCUUCCGUACAUUUCAGAGAAGCUUGUCCCUUUUAAUGCAGCUCAGCACUAUAAUUAGUGACACUAUUAUUAAUUUAAUGCACACCAGGCUCUGCUUACUAGAUUAAAUCUUCUGGAAGUGAUUAAUACUUUUCAUGGGGAGAAGAUGAUGUACUCUCUAUUACUUCUAUUACUGCAUACCAUUAAAGCUACCAUAUUAGUGAAAAAAAGUGUCCACUUUUAUUUCUGACCAAGUAGUAAUAAUAUAACAAAUGGGAGCUACAACAAAGUGUUGCAGUGUAUCCAUCCUCCUAAUACUCUUGUUAAGGAAGUUAUUCCAUUAAAGAAGGGUAUUCAACUUUGUUUUCUAUUUCUCUUUUCUUGGUUUUCUAUUUUUCUUUUCUAACCCCAAGCAGUUCUCUGAACCCUGAUCAUACUUUUUCCAUUGCUGUGCUGACAAAAAAAGAAUUUAAAAUUGGCAUUCAGACAAAUAUACAGAAGAGUCUAAGGCAACUGUGCUGCUGCAGCCUUAGAAAAAGAAGAAGUAAUGAGAGCAUAGCAACACUUGGGCUGCAGAUAAGCCUAUCAGUGAAAACGUUUGAUGAGCACAAAAGGGUGCCUAGCACAGCUUCCCUGCUCUGAACCCUCUCUCUCUUCAGCCCCCCAAGAUCAUGUUAUGUCCUGCAUACAAAAGCUUUCCUAUUCAAUUCAGCGAAAGAGUGCAACAAAUAUUAGGUUGAGCACAGAUGCUUUAAAAUAUUAUUUUGUAAUAAAAACCAGGAAUGUAAUCAUGUUCAAUUCAUCAUACUGUGCAAUACAGAAUUGGCAAAAUAAUGAAGCAUGAAGCUUUGAAAUGAUAAAUUCUGGGAAAAUUCAUUUUAGUUAUAUUAUUUAAGAGGUCCUUAGAAUUAUAAACUAAAUAUAGUUUGUGCUAAAAUUAUUAAAUUAAUGACAACAGAUUCUAAUUAUUGACAACCUAUAGACAGUGUAAUGAAAAAUGUGUUAUGUUGAAUUUAAUAAAUAUUUGGUGAAAUGCAAGCAUGGCAGUUACUUCCCUCUUGGGAAUCACUGAAUGCUGUUGUAAAAAAAUAUUAGAGCUGAUACAGAAUAAUGAUUCAUAAUUAUUUUCUGGAAUCCCAUUACCAGAACAUGUGUGUUUUAACUAAGCUGUAUUCAUUUUAAAAAAUGAAAUGAAAAACUCUUACCUUAUCUGAUAAUUGUUUUGUUUCAUUUUAAAUGCACUGUGUGGCUAUAAUUUUUUACUACAAAAAUAUUUGUGUGUUUUCACAGCUGCCUUUAUAGAAAACCAAUGCCUGAUACGGCUUUUUAACAAGAGUUAGGUGGUCUCAGAUAUUGUAUAACCUGCUUUGGGUUGUGUCCACCCAGGAUAUAUAUCUGUCCUGUUAACGGAUUAGAUUUAAGGCUGCUCUUUUCUGACCUUUAUAUUUAAUUAUAAUGAGCUCAGUAUUAAUCCAGAGUGUUGACAUUGGCUUGAUACUGUCUGCCAGUAUCUGAUACUGCUCCCUAAAGAAAACGAGGCUAAGUAGACCACAGGAUAUAUAAGAAGUUUCCUAUAAUUGUAUGGAGUUAUUUUCCUCUUUUCUAAAGCUGAAUGACAUUGGCCUUGAUCACAUAUUACUGAGUAAGCUGGGGCUAGGUCUGCAUGCAUGAUCCAGUCCACCAAGCCUUCCAGAGUCACCUGCCAGCCCCCAAUCCAAUUUACUAGGAUUGUUCCUUGGGGGGGGGGGACCCACCCACCAAAGCACGGAGAGUCAAGCAAAGACUGUGGUAGUGUGGUAAUCCUUCCUAAGUGGCUAGCCAGCCCCCAAUUCAAUUAACCACCAGUAAAUUUGGGGCAAAACUAAACAAACAAAUCAAAGCCCCUCAACCAGACAGAGUUCCAUCCCACCCUGUGGUAACAGCCCUAACUCCUGUGUGGAUCCAGAAAUGGCUACAUAUUACACACGGUCCUCCACAGCCAUUGUCCCUGAACGUGCUCCAAGCAUGACUGGUGAGAGGGAGGAUGUUCAUGGACUUGCUAAGACAUGUCGGUGCCACCUUGAAGCAAGGUUGGGUUUUUUUGUUUUUUAAGGACUUCCUGCCUUUUCAGGGUUGUUGCUGGGGAAGGUUGGUGCUGCUUCUUGCCAGGCGUGGCUGUCUCUGGUUUGCAGAAGAACAAAAGCAGAAAGGAUGCUUUCUGUCUGCUUAAUAUUUGGGGUGAAGUGAUUGUUGUGGCUAAUCAGUGGUGAGAGGAUCUGGAAAGGGACCCCCGAGAGAAAAGGCAGUGAGAGUGUGUGUAAAAGACAGGAAAUAGAGAGACAGGCAAAGAGUGGAGAGAAAGAGAAGUGGAGAUGGGUGUGUGUUACAGAUGUUUCUCUGUAAGGGAAGGGAAGUCUGCAAAGAAGGGACUGGGACUGGGUUCUCGAGAAGCCAUGCCCACUUUAGAAAUGUGGCCUCUGACAGCUUUCCAUUCAGGUAAGAUUGCCCUUGGCUGAAAAAAGCUUUCCCAUCCCUGCAGUCAGCCACAGUUGAGAGUUCUCACCAUCUUUGUUGUUUGGUUCUAGAAACAAACUAUGAUCCCUAGCUUAACUGGGGAUCAUAGUUUGUUUUGUUCAAAUUAGCAAUGACCAGGAAGCCAAGAACAUCCCUUGGCUUCAUAUUGUGGUUCGUUUCUCCCAUGUGGGAAAGUGGGAAAGAUUGGCGCAUUCACAGUAAACCUUUUUUUCAGUCAUGAUCUUGUUGCACUGUAGAGUUUACUACUGGCAGAAUUGGAGCUAUGUUUUCACAAUUGCCAAAGUCCUAUUAUUAAUUAAUAGACAUAUAUUUGAAACAGCCUUAUAAAGAAUUUAUGCAUUUUAAUUAAAGUUGCAUUUAUUUAUAGAUUUUUAAGAGCUGAUUCUUUUUCAACAUACCACUUUAAAAUUUGAGGGUGGCCUGUCAUUUCUUCUAUUCCAUUUCCAUGUCAAAUUGAUUGCUUCCCCCCUCUACCAGAAUCCUAACAUUGCUAUUUUCUGUUGACUUCAUUCUGCAUCUCUGGUCUUAAUACCACUGUUAAACUGUCUUGAAAACAGCACACAGUUACACAUCCCUAGCACACAUAAUUUCAGACUUACUGUUACCACCUGAAAUUAUAACUUAAAAAAGAAGAAGCUCCUGAACAGGCACCUAGAACACAUUUGAAUCCAAUAUUGAUGAAAGGAACACUUCAGCUGAGUCCACGUCCAGAUCUGGCCUCCUACUUUUUCUCUGUUAACCAGCUACGGUUGCAUAGGAGAGCCAUCCCUCUAUCCUAUAGUUACUGUGCUCAAUUCUCUCUUGCCCUUUUUCCAGAUAGCUACAUUUGUUGGCAGCUUUCAGGAGUCUGCAACUGCUCCCACAACUGAAAGAGCACUAAGCAGUUGUAAGUUUAAGCUUUUUCAUGGAGUAUUAACAUUCUGAAUUAAUUGUGCAUUGUAUUGGCAAUCUUUUUCCCCAGCACAGAUAGCUUAUGUUAAAAGAGUUCAUACAAGUAGAAAUUCUUAUUAGCAUCUUGCAUUUCUCCUGCUGCUUCAACUGUGAGCAUAUAUAAAGAUUAUGUUUUCUAUAAGAGCUUUUAAAUGGAGUUAACUGAUUAGCAACUGCACCUGAAACUGAAAGUCUGAAUAGUGCAACCAUUUGUGUCUGAAUUCAGACUAAAGAACAAAUCUUUUUUUAAAAAAGGUUACCAGGGCUGUAUUCAAAGUAGUGUUAAGCAGGUUGUUUUGUCAGUGCAAGGAUUUAUCCUUGUGCAACAGAAGAAAAACCUCUUCCUCUGGGCCCCCAAAUUUGUUCUGGGUGUUUCCCCAACCCUCUGGAACAGCUUUGGGUAUGGCAUGGAGUAUGCAUGAGGGGUGGAGAAAAGGAGGGAAAUCCCAUUGCACCAGCUCUAAUCCUAUUUAUAGCACAGCUGUUUAGCUCAAUACUACCCAAAGUGAAAUAUUGAGCUGGAGGACUGAGACUGCAUAUGAAUGACAUUUUAUUUUAGAAUCAGUGAGAGUCUGAGUACUUCCUUUUUUCUUUGUAGUCCACACACAAUCUAGAUCUAAUGCAUAUUUUUGCUCCUGAAAAGUGCAUUUUGAAAAAUUGGUUGGUUCAUUCCAAAAUAAAAAUUCAUUGCAGAUUGAUUCUGCAUUUUCCCACAGUGUGUCCAUUUGAAAACAGAUGAAGGUGGUUCCAGCAAUGGGGGAGUGUAUCCACACCUCCCCUUCUUCAUUCACCCAGGGCAUAUGCAGGGAGGAAAAGGCAUUGAUAACCUAAUCAAUGGAGGUUUUUCAAAUGGUUAUCCGAUAACCACACCCACCUAUCCUUCUGGAUGGCAGGAUUUAGAGUCAAUCAAGAUUGAAAGCAGCAUGCUGAGGACGACCAUGAACAAUUCCAGAGUGACAAAAGUAUGCUUUGGUACUACAAAGGGAUUGGUGUGUACACAGCCAGAGCCUUAUGUCCUUAGUGCACAUGUAUUAAUUGCACUGUGGUGGCCAAAAUGGUGGCCUUCAGAUGUUGGACUACGGCUUCCAUAAUCCCUGGCCAAUGGCCAUGUUGGCUGGGACUGGUGGGAGCCGGGAGCCCAAAAACAUCUGGAGGGCACGGUGAUCUAAACCCCCAAAUUCUAAUGUUGAAGCAUGUACUAUGAAAAUGCUGCUACUAACUUUUACUCAGUUUUACUCAAAAAUAGUGAGGCCUUUUCUGUUAGUUAGAGAUUCUAUUUCUAACAAUUCUGUAAGGGCUGCCACCCAUUUUGCAGGUGGCAAAGUAAGGCUGAGAGUCUGCUGAGGCAUGCUUUUUCAAUUUUUUUGGCAUGAUUUUUCUUUUAUUACCAUGAGGAAAUUAGCACAGGUCUCAGUUCAGGUAAACAGAAGCUUAAGCAGUUAGGGGCACGUUCAGAAUGUCAUCAAUACUGGGCACCUCAGUAAUGAAAUAGUUUUAAUGCAGUUGUGAACAGUUAUUAUCAGAAGCCCUUUACCUGAGAAAUAGGAGGGAAAGGAUACAUUGAAAGGAAAAUCUAGAUUCAUUUUAUAGAAAUGAAGUUAUUUUCCACGGAUUGCAGUAGGACUUUGCGCUUAAUGCAGCCCUUUGAAAGGAUAUUAUUUGUAAGGAUUAGGUGCCUGGUUUCUGCAGAAACAUUUUGGCUGCUUUUCCAUUUCUAGUGACUCAUUGGUGCUCAGAGAGCACCAGUGAUAUAAAUUAGUAAUGAUGGAAAAGCAGUUUCCAAAGUGGUUGUUUGAAUCUGCUCUACGGAGUUUUGUGGAGUUGGGCAUGCCUAUUUCUUGAUUUUUGUACUUUAAAUUACCUAGAAAGUCUAGGAGUGUUCUGAAGUUAUGUAGGCCUAAGAGUGUUUGGGGUUGGGUGAUCAGACAACAGUAAGGAUCUCCAGCAGAGCCCAUUGCUGAUCAAUUCAAAAGGACAUGAGCACAUGAUAAGGAUGGGAAAAUAUCCGAAGUUCAAAUCAGAAACGUCCCUAAGAACAAGGCAAGUAGAGACACUCCAAAUGAAUGCCUGACAUUUUCACUUCUUUCAUAAUUUUGCAUUAUUGUACCCUGUCGCUAUCUAGGUAGAAGGACUCUAAAAAAGGGCUCCAGUUAGGAAAGAGGCAACCAAAGAGCACAGCUGUCCAUAAAAUACCUGAGUGUAAUUAAAGCUGCUUAAAUAGAUAAACAUGCAGCUCUCCUCCUUCUAGAAUAUGUAGAUUUGUUUGGGUGCCAUGAAGCCACUGAUCAUUAAAACUGUACCAGAUGUUCUGCUAUGGAUUUUGUUUAAUUGCUUGUAUGAAACUUCUUCAUAAACAUUCUUGGAUAAAUUUAACUGACUGACAUGUAUUGCAGAAUAUUUAACUGGACUGCAAAAUAAGACGAGGGAACUUUUUUUAUACAGCUUACAGUAAUUAAGUUGUUGUUGUUGCAGCUGGCUGACAGACUACAUUAUUACACAAACCAUCAAACCAUCAUACAACAAAUGACAAGUGGGGGGAAAUGUUCUGAAUGAGCAAUAAUGGCACUAGAUGUUUGUCUUGUUCUGUCAGUCCAAUUACAAGGGCUUGAUGGUUUAAUUGGUCUUCAGACUGUUAGCUCCCUAGCGUCUAUAAUUUUAGCCUGUGAUAGAUUUUUACCACUCUACAUAUUUCAGUGAUACUGGCAAAGCAGGCAAACCUUCUGCUGGAGAUUAUGCCUGAUAUGGUCUGCUAAAAGCAUUUCUAAGAAUAUAUAUACUGUGUCUGUCUGUCUAUCUAUCUAUCUAUCUAUCUACUCAGUCAUUUUAGUUCAUAAUCUGCCCUGUUGCUAGUUCCGGAUAGUAGAAGCUUAAUGACCAGGGUUUUACAGCAGAGUUGGGAAACUGAACCCUCCUAUGGCUGGCAAGGCAACAACAGAUCUUUAAACUAUUAUUUCCGCUUACCAUAGACUCUCACAAAUUACCAUUAAUGUAAUCAUAUUUAUAACUCUCAAGCAUUCUGUGUAGGCCUGCCACGGGUGAUUAUUUGGAAAUUGCCUGUGAUGGCAAUGAGUGGCUAGGAGGAAACUGGAUUCAUUAUCCAGUGUUUCAAUUAGCUUCCUAUAGCUUUCCAGGCAUAACUCAAAGGUACUGCUUUAAUCUAUUUGGCACUAAAUUGUAUGAACACUACGUCCUAGAACCCACCUUCUGCCAUGAUUAGCUUAAAUUAUCCUUCUGAGCAGGGAUAGGGAAUAUGGAUAAUAGACCACAUCAACUUUCCAUUAAAUUUCGAUUAAUAUACUGCAAACAAAAUUUUGUAUAUCUUUCAUUUCUAAGGAAAAGAAGUAACUGAUCUGUAUGUGUAUUUGCCAACCAUUGAGAGAGACAUAUUCAGGGAGCACCAGUGACUGUGUGGGAAGGAGAGGGUGAAACCCAUUUUGUUAACUUCCUUAUCUUAGGAUUGAACCAAGCCAUAGCAUUUUAUAGUUCUCAGUAGUGGCACCUGCCCUGUGGAAUACCCUCCCAUCAGAUGUCAAGGCAAUAAGCAACUAUUUUACUUUUAAAAGACAUCUGAAGGCAACCUUGUUUAGGGAAGUUUUUAAUGUUUAAUGCUGUAUUGUGUUUUUAAUAUUCAGUUGGGAGCCGCCCAGAGUGGCUGGGGAAACCCAGCCAGAUGGGCGAGGUAUAAAUAAUAAAUUUGAUGAUGAUGAUGAUAGCUUAGUGGUUAUUUGACUCUGAGGAGUGUGUGUGAUCUGUCCUGAAGCUUCAGAAUAUGAGAGUUAAAAUAAAACAAGUAGAAUUCACAGUGGUUUGAAAAUAAUACACUUUUGUAUUGAUAUUUUUUAUUCUUUUUUUUGUAGGACAUAUUACUAUUACACAGUAUUUAUUAAACUAUUAUCCUGGCCUUGAUAUUGAGAAAAGGAAUGUCUUUGGAUUUACUGCACUCAUGAAGUCUGCAAUGCAAGGCCGAAGUGAAUGCAUCAGAGCUUUAAUGUUGGCAGGUAUAGAAAAAUCCUCUGCUUCAUUAUCCUCAUUCCCUUGAACUACUGUAAAGACUACUUCUAAAUGAAGGACUGCAGUUCUUGAUAUUUACUCUCUUGGCAGCCCUGCCUACUCUAAUUACAGACUGGACAAAGAAAGAGAGAGGGAGAGAGAAAUUCAAAACCAUUGUUGCUUAUUGUUGUUUUCCACCACUGAAUUUUCUACAAAUGGAUCUCAUUAAGGAAACUAAAUUCAUUAAUUUAUUUAUAAACAUGAAUAUUCUACCAUAUUUUGCAAAACCAGUACCAAACACAAUCUAGGGCAGCUGAAAUUUCCUUUCAGUGCCUACAGGGUUUACAUACUCAGUUUAAAUGGAAGGCAUAACCCAGUGAACUUGUACUAACCCUUGCAAAAAUAAGUUUGCAUAGUGCAGAACUUUCAUAAAACACAAUAGGAAAAGCAGACAAAGCAGCUGAAUUAAAAGCAAAGAGUAACAAUUGGAAUACUAAAAUUAUAUUAAAAGCACCCUGAAAUAGAAAAAAAGAAAAGUCUCCAGCAAUCAGCUGAAGCUUAAAAAAGAAGAGCCCUGGCAUGUCUCUACAGAGAAGGCAUUUCACAGUUGUGGUUCCACCACUAAAAAGACUGUCUUGAGUGCCCAUCUUCUGAUGUUACAUAAGGAUGGAGCAGAGCCUCUGAAGUUGACUUUAACUGGCAGCAGGCUUGCUUGCUUAUUUUUUUAAAUUUCUAUAUCACUCUUCCAACUGGGGGCUGAGGGGGGGCAUACAACAUAAUUAAGACAGUGUUACUAAAUAUCUGCAAUAACAAUAGAAAACUAAAAACACACCUCUUGAAAUUUUACAAUUUUUAUUCACAGGGUUAUUUCAGUAGUUCAUGGAGACCAGAGUGUUUUUUGUGUAUUUCAGGUUAUCAGGAAACGGGUUAAUAGCAAAGUGAUGUGGAGAUGGGCUAUUACUUCUGCUCAUUUUAGGGAAGCUAUCAGGAUGGCAGCUACUGGCCAGACAUUAUAUUUAGAAAUAAUUCAUGGAUUAAGGACUGCUCAGCAAUUGCAAGAAAUAAUGGAGCUUGUAGAGUGCUAAAGAGGAUGAAACAUGGAUUUAUUGCCAAAAGGCUCAGGAGAAACAGAGCUAAGCUAUUGCAGCCUUAUUUUGAGAGAGUAUCCCUAAGCCAGGGCAAACCAUAGUGAUUACUCAUUGCUUUUAGCAAAUAUUACAGAACAGGAAUUCACACGAGAUACAAAUAUGUUCUUCUGUUCAAAUACCUGAAGGCUCCCAUUUGUUAAAUAUGGUUUAACAUAUGGUAAAAUGGUAAGAUACACAAUUUCAACCCAUCUAAAGGCAAUUGCACAAAUAUUCUCAGCUGUAAAUUUCUCCUAUGCUAGUUAGGUUGCUGUGGACUCCCGCAGUUGUUUGAAAUAUUUGUAAAACUUGAGCCUAACCCCACUUUUCUUGGGAGUCAGCCCCAUUCAUUCAAUAAGAUUUACUUCUGAGUAGGCUGUUACGUGACCAAUUUACUCAUACUGAAAUGAGUCGAAAAAUGAAGCUAUGAAACAUCUAUGUUAAUAUUGCCAUUUUAAAAAAGAAGGGCUCAAAAGUCCCUACAAACUUGGAGUUUUCUGAUGUUUUUGCUGGAAACCUCAGCUCAGAUACUUCAAGCAUAUUUCAUUUGCAGAUAAUAUUGCAAUAUGUGUAGCUGUAUUAAUUUAAUGGAAUAUUAAUAUUCCAAACUGACUGGGAUGUCCAGGUUACUUAUUCUGAAAAAACCCCCGUUUGUAAUAUUAGAUUUCUCUCUGGAAAAUCAGGUCUAAGUGGAGAUGGACACGUUUCUUACAAGCUGAUUUUCAGACUCAAUGUAAUUCAGAAUGAUUGAUAGAAUGCCAUGACACUUGGAAGGAGGACUUGAAUAUUCAUGUGUGACCCAGGUAGCAAAGUACCUAACCUCAUUUAUGUUCGUGUGGGAUUAGUUUUAAAGAAGUCACUGCAAUACUUCAGUAGUGUUUAAAGCAAAUCUUGUGUCCCAGAUAGAUUUCCUGAGAAAGAACAUACAGCAAAAAUUUGACAAGCUAUUAGAGAAGACUUAUUUGUGGUUACUGUGCAGAUAAUCUUCAGUAUUUUCUAUCUACAGCUUUACUGGUAAAAUUUCCCCAUUUAGGCAGAGAGGAUGCUGGAGUCAAGAGCUGAGAAUACCAUAUUCCGUUCAUUUCUUUUCUUAGUCCUACGACAACAAUAACACAGAAAACAUUAUCUGAGCUCUGUAUUUUUUCUACUAUUCAUUCCAUUAGUAUUAUUUAUUACUUGAUUAAAUCUUUGUGUUCCGUGGGAUAAAUGUUCAUAUUAUCUUCAGAGUCUCUUUCAGUGAUGGUACCAGCACACACUCCAAGGUAUUCUGCAGUCACCCAUCUGUGCGAUUGGAGAGAGAUCAAACAGGAAAGACAAGUUGCUUACCAGUAAAUUGUGUUAUUUGAUUGGUCAUCUGUGCAGUCACAGCUCAUGUAGUUUCUUCACUGCUGGUGCCGUCAGUUUGUUGAAAUCAUCAUGGCAAGGCUGAAGGAACUGAACAGGAGGCAACUGCCUCACCUGUUUCAGGCCAACCCUUCUCCCUGAAAGGAGGGGACAGAAAUACUAACCCCCUGACUAACAUAUUAUAAACACCUGAAAAUGUUUUACACUCAAGUGUGACUGCACAGAUGGCCACCAUUACAGGUAAACAGUCUAAUUUUGGUGCACUUGAUCCUGAAAUACAAUCUUAAGAACAGCUGGGAAUGUACACACAUGGAGUAGCAAAACUUCAAUGCCUAGAGCAGGAAAAGCAGUCAACUACUUUGAGUUUCCCUGAGAUAAAACAGCAGAAAAUUACAUGAGGAGGAAUACAUAAAGCCAUUUUUUGUUGUUAAAUAAAUAUAAAACAAAAACACAGCCAACAUUUUUUAUUUAGCAGAAUAUAGAGUAGUGUGCCUUAGUAUUUGCCAGUAUAACGGUAGAGAUAAGGAGGGGUCAGCGAACCACAUCUUCCUAUCACCUUUCCUCCUUUUCCUGUCUGGCAUUGGAUGGUUUCAGAUAGAUAUACCUUUCACUGACUUUUAUUCUGGUCAGAUGUAAUCUCAAAUUAACCUCUUAACCAUUCAUGAGAUUAGCCUAAAUCCACAGAUUUGGGUUUCUGGCUGUGCCAUCUGGUGUGCUGGAAUUGUCAGCAAACACUAUUCACAUCUCUUCCAUUUGUCCUUUCAAUAGCUUUUGUUUGUUUUUUACUGGUACUUUUUUGUUGGCUGUUUAGUAUGUGUAAUUUUGCUUUCAUCUGCAAAAUGAAAGGUCCAUUGUAGACCUAACAUUCCGAGUCUCCUCGCCAUUCCCCCUUCCAGUCCGUUUUUGGAGCUGACUGUGGUGUACAGUUUACAUGGCAGGCGGGGGGCGGGGGGGAGAAAGAGGAGCAUAUGAGCAAGACUCCCUUAGAUACCAUUCUUUUUCUGAAUUGCAGUCCUUCUAUUAAUUGUAUAUCUAUCUGUUGCAAACCCUACACCUGUAAUUUGCUACAUUUAGAGAUACUCUGCUUUCAAAUGCAAGUGCAAAUGUAAUAUAAAAUGAUUUAAAACUGAAUAUGUGUAGACAAAUGUGACCACAGCCAAAUUUCAUCUGGCCCUCUGGGGUGGGUUUGAUGUUAUGUCAAUCGCAGUUCCUUUGCAAUAAGAUCAUCACAGAGGGAAACACUUCUCAGCAGACUUUUGUUCCUUGCAAAUAUAGAAAUAAUAAUAAUCCAUGCAUUUUGCAAUAGCAUGCAUGCAGUUUUGGGGAUGUAACUGCAUUUUGAAGUUUGAGGUUUUAAAUAGCUGUAUGUGAAAUUUUGCGGUUCAACUAGGCAUUGACACUAUUUGCAUUCUUCCGGGAUUACAGAGUUCCUUUUGCCUUUUUCAGAGACAGGACAGAUUAAAAUGUAGUCUGCAGUAUCAUUUAACAAAUGUACAAAACAACUGUUGAAAAAUAAAAGGCUGAAGAAAAGUAAAGGAGAAACUUGAGUGCAGAUACACUUAUUUAAUUAGGAUACAGUCAUACCUUGGGUCUCGAACGCCUUGUGACUCGAACAUUUUGGAUCCCAAACACCACAAACCGAGAAAUGAGUUUUCUGGUUUGCGAACAUUUUUUGGAAGCCAAACAUCUGACGUGGCUUCCAAUGGAGUGCAGGAAGCUUGCUGCAGCCAAUCGGAAGCUGCGCCUUGGUUUUCAAAAGUCAAAUGGACUUCCGGAAUGGAUUCCAUUCGAGAACCAAGGUACGACUGUAUCUGUAUCUACAGGAAAUAGCUUGGAUCUAGCCAUGCCCACUAAUAUGGGGCCACAAACAGUUUUAUGCAGAGUAAUGUGGCCCUUAGUCUACAAAAGGUUACCACCCCUGCCAUGGGCUGUAACAAAAUAAGAUAAAUGGAAGUUUAAGUUUAAUGUGAGAAGCGUGUGUAUGGUAGAAUCAUGUUUUCCUAGCAAUAAAACCUAGAAAAACCAUUCAUUCCCAAUACACACUUCCACAACAUUCUUUACUGGCGAUUUGAAUUAAACAAAUAUUUAAAAUAACUCAGAGAUUAUCACAAAACUGCACUUCAUUAAGACUUUUGAGAUUGAUACAGUGUUUUUUAAAACUCCAACUCAAUGAGACAAUGAAAUACAAGGUCAGGCAGCACUUAUUACUUGUGUUGUGAUGAUGACACAUGUUAAACAUCUCUCUAAUUUCUGACAGUGUAGCUAUGGGGGCAUAACAAUAUCUGCUGGCUCUCACUACAGUUCUGUACUGAGCAGUAGAUAUCUAAAUAAUUUGUGUAGCUAAAAAACCAAAGUAAAAUUGGGUUGUUUUAUCAAAAUAUUAACUGACAGUCAAAAUAAGAGUUGUCAAGCAGCUAAGGUUUCAGAGUUUCCUAACGCAAUAUCUUACAAAAUUCAGGAUAUGCUUAGCUUUACCUAUAUAAUGUGGUCAGCUGCACUUUUAAAAAACCCCAAUAAUUAAAAAAAACCUAACUCUCUCUCUCUCCUUUGAGGGGCAAACAUUUAUGCCACAGACCCAGGCCGUGGAUUCACAUCUCAGGAAUGGGCAUGUUUCACAGGAAGAAUAGAAUCUGCCUAUCUUAUGCAAAGACUUAUGGACAAGCCAUGUGCUGAGCAAUUUUGUGACCACUAUGAGCUAGAAUGGCCAAAGUUGAAAGAACUUCUUGCCAAGGCUGCAGAGCCAAAGACCUGUUUGCAAAAGAUCUCGGAAGGCGUGAGGUCAAUAAUAGCUUCCAGAGGUUUCAAAGGCCCUGAAGAUGAUGGUGUCCUUGAUCAUAUGGUUCGGGUGACGACAAGUCUAAGGAGCUCUUUUGUUGCCAUAGCUUGUAGGACCGUGUGCCCUGGAAGUCCGCCUGGCAUAGGGAAACGCAGGCCUGCUGUACAAGAGAUCUUUAGGAAACAAAGAGCCAAGGAAAUCAAAUCUAUGGAUAGCAAAGACCAUUUUAACAGCUAUGAGAAGCUGUUUCAGAACUCCAGAGUUAUGUUAGUCUCCAAAAAGAAGGAAAGGCGAGCCAGCCUCCAGCCUUUCAGUCUAAAUGUACCUCAGGUUAGCAUUGUGGUUCCAAGGAAAUCAAGCUUGCUGCCACUACACUUGUUGAGAAGGAGCAGUGUGCGCCCAGGAUUUGUCAUCCCCAAAGUCCGAAUCAACAAGGCACCUCCACCUACUUUCCAGCCAGAGAAAGUCAGACGAAAAAGCAGUGCCGGUGAUGGGGCUUACCUGCAGAUUCCUAAGUGGAGGUAUAAAGAGCUGAAGGAAGAAAGGAAGAAAGCAGAGGAAGAAGAAAAGAAAAAAGCAGAAGCAGCUCAGAAACAGAAGCAAGGGUCUCCCGUGAAAAGCAAGACUUGACCUGAGGCUGAGACUCAUGAUAGCACUACUGAGAUCAAUAGAAAAGUCAAGUUGCUGUAUUGGGGCCAGCUGAAUGACACAAUUUAAAGGAGAAGAAAUCAUCUAGAGAGCAACUGAUACGGUAAAGUGUAUAUACAUCAAGAAAUGUAAGGAAAGAUUUAGAGAAUCUGUGAACAGGUUUAAAAUAUGGAAAAGGUAGUUUUCUUGGGGUGGAAAACAGAUGUCCCACAAAAGGGGUAAUGGGAUAAAGCUCCAAGAAGGGAGAGUUAGUCUGGAUAUCAGACAUUUUUCUAUACAUAAAAGAGUAUUAAGCUACAGAGUAUGUUUGCAAGGGAAACUAAUAUUAAAAAUAGAUUUCAUAAGCACUGGCUUGAGGAUAAGUGAAAAGACAAGUCUACGGAUUUUGUACAAGUGUAUUAUGAUCUCCCCAUCCCUCACACUAAAGUAAAGGGCUUUAGCUUGAUGCUUGCUUUUAAGAAAAUAUGGACAUUGUAAUGAAAUUUCAAAAAACAAAAAACCAAACAUUGAAAGGAUGCAAAAAUCUCAGGGCAUUUUGUAGAAAACCAACUUUAUGAAUAAAAUGUUUGUAAAGCAUUUCUUCUGAAAGAUAUGUUAAUGGAAACAAAAUGGUCAGAAAUUAUAUAUUUUGUAUUGAAUGAGAUUUCACUGUUUAUUUAUAAAAAGUGUAAAAACUACUAUGAAUUAAUUUCACAAAAUGCAACAUUUCUGAGGAUCCUCCCCAGUUAUUUUUCAGGAUUAUGCUCAACUUUAGGUUCUCCCACUUCUGUAUUCUGAAACAGAUCUGCAGCAAAAUUUGCAACGUGAUGUGCUCCCUGUUCAAGAUCCAGCUGUCACGUUCCUUAGCCACACCAUUUUUAUUUUUAUUUUUUAACUCUCACCAGCCAGUCAGCAUGCUGUGGCCACUGAACAUUUGAGCAUCUUUUGAAUCCUUCCCGACUUCUUCUUAAAUAUGUUUUCUUCUUCUGCAGACCCCUAUACCUGCUGAUACAUUCCCAGUUUGCGUGUGGGCAGUGCCAUUUUUGCUUUAUAAGAAGCUGCACUCAUUUCCUGAACAUCAGAAAUAGGGGGAAUGGUGCUUCUUCUAAGAAGCUCAAGGCAUUUUUAGUACAUGCAAAAAUUCUGUUGAACACCACCACUGAACUUAAAGUGCAAACAUAGCCAUUCUCAGAAAUAAACCCCACUGAGUUCAAUGAAUUUACUUGCUGGCAGGGUAUAGAUUUGAUUCAGUUCUCAUUUAAAGCCAAAUUUAUCAAAGCAAGAACUGGAAUACAGCAAUCCUUUGAAAUUCACAUGUAUCUGAAUCUGCAAUGCAGUUUUCCAAGCAGUGCUUACAAAAAUGCAUGUACCAGUAUAUAAUUUAGGCAAAAGUGUGCAUAAAAAACACUAAAAUGCGAAAGGAUUUGCAUGACUUUUUUUUUAUGCAGACUGUUGCAGAAAUGUGGAGAACAGAAUCUAAGAUUUGAAAAAUGAGAAACAGAAUACCAAACUGAGAGACACUACUUCCUGGUCUAUAUGGGACAGGAGCUUUAGCUAACCAUGCAUGCUUCUAGUAUGGAAGACCAUCAACUAAAUGAAUGCAUAUACAUUUUUGUUCAUUUUUUAAUCAGUUCUCUGCAAAACUAAAUUGCUGAUAUGUAUUAAUUUCUGCUAUUACUAAAAUUUAUGGCAUCCUAAAAAGAUGUCGGUAAUAUUUUCAAAUGAUGCUCUCCCCUUUUUUGUAAUUAGAGGGCAAGCUUUUAGAUGCCCAUGGCAAAACUGCCUAUAUGCAUCUUACUCUUAUGCUCCAACAGAGAUAUUUUUUCUUCACAGCCAACACAUUAUAUUUACAUAUCAAAUCAGUCAGUUUCUUUAAAAAAAUCAAUUCUUACAAGCAAGUACAUGAAUUUGCACUUUGAUUAUCAUCUAAAGGACAGGUUCAGCUGAAAUGCACUAUCACUCUCAGGGAUGAAUUUAAACAGUAAUGUUCAAAGG